AAAAGAAUAAAAAUAAAAAGAAUGUACUUCUAGUGCACAGUUCAUUAUGGCAGUGCUGGGGGAGAGGAGAUGUGAAUUAUAUGCGCGGAGGCACCUAAAAUGACAGGCCAAUCGCUUGUGUGCUUAUUGUCUGCAUGGAAAGGAAUCCCUGUGAAACCAACAGGCCUCAGCUCCAGGCAGGGCUGGGAAAGAAGACGCCUCUGCCUGAAACCUCGAAGAGCCGCUGCCAGUCAGAGCAGAUAUACUGAGCUAGACGGGCCAAGGGUCUGACUUACUCGGUAGAUGACAGCUUCCGAGGUUCCUAUGGUGCAAAAUCCAGGGGGGAAGAGUCUCCCUCUCCCUCUCCCUGCCUGUGUGGGAGGAUUGCCAGGCCUUCCAUUGGCCCGGAAUAUACAGAGGAGGCCCAACGGUCAGGAGUGGCAGUUGAACAGCGGCCCUGGAACAAGGCAGGCCUGGGGGGCAGAAGAGAAAAUCCUGUGCUGCCUGCCCCAGGGGCAUGGUGCUGGACCAGCAACUGACCAGCCUCCUUCAAGCACCAUGCAGCCCUACGUGCCGCCUGAAAGCGCAUCAAGGGCUCCCCCAGCUCCUGUGCAUGUCUACAUUCAGAACCCUGUGGUCUUUGGGGCCAACCCUGUCUAUAUGCGUUGCCCGUAUUGCGGCCAGAUCAUCAUGACACACGUGUUCUACAACGCAGGGCUCUUGACCUGGAUGGCUGCUGGAUUCUUGUGCCUGGUCGGAGAGCAGAGGCAUGGUGCUCAGCCACUGAUGAUGGAAACCAGGCAGCCUCCCGAAAACCCAUUGCAGAAGUACUUUGCACCGCCUGAAAUAAAGCCAGGAUCUGCCCCAGGUCAGCAACAUAAUUUCAAGUUGACAUCUCCAGGCUGCUGGGUGAGCACUGAGUUCUGCUGCUGCUCGGUUUUCCAUUCCAGUUUUGUUUUGGUGAGAGGAGACUACGAAGAACACAAUAAAUGGAGAAUUCCCAUCCCUGUGAGGCACUGCAGUUUCUUCUGAAGACAGCAACAGCACACAAGAGGAGAGGUGGGUGGGGUCGUUCGGGAAAAGCUUUGCCUGAGGCUGGAACUGGUAACAGCAGUGAUGUCUUUAGGCCAACUCUUUCACUCAAUUGUUUUAAGAAACAAGAAACAGAACACAGGGUGUCCAGGGUGAAGCUGUUGAAGUGUCAGAUUCCCCCAGCUUUCCGGUGCCACCCAUACAUUCUCGUCUCUGCUCCCAACAGAAGCCAGAUCCACUGAAGUUGCUUUGGCCAAAGAAACAUACACUUUAAAUCUGACAAGUGUGUUGAUCAUCAAGUGAGGGGGAACGUUCCUGUCCCCAAAAAUCUCUCUUACGGCACAAAAGACUGCACCAUGCUUCUGCAGUUCCUCCCAUGAAAAUGCCGGCUGUUGAAUGGGAAAUGAAGGUUGCAUCUUCAAAAGCUUUUUGCACAAAAGUAAAAUGGAACAAAGGGGGGGGGGUGAAGCCACCUUUCCCCAGAGGACUCAAAACAGCCGACUCCUACAGUGUGCAGGAUUUUGGAGCCUCAGAUAAGAAGGGCUGUUACACACAACCCACCCCCUUGCUACCAUUUGCUUAGAUCUUAAAGGGAUAAAGGAGACUGCAUUGACUAUGCUCUGCUUCCUCUGUCCCGCAGCACACGCGAUUUUUGAAGUGGAAUCCUUUGGCCUGAGCGUCACAGCCAGGGGUUCUGAUGGAAACCGCCAUCCCAAUCGCUUUGUGCGCAUGAGUCCGUCUUCUCCUGUACAACACCCCCAACGGAAGGAGCCUCCGGCUUCACAUUAAACCAAGCCAGAAUCUUUA